UUCCAUCGGAGGGCACCGGCUCGACCCAGGUCUAGACCACUCUGGAAACCCCAGCCCCAAAAAAUUCCUCCCCCUCUCCGGCGGUCGCUUCACGAAAAAGGAUUUCGCGUCGCCGGCGGCGACGAGACCAGAAUCUCCGGACCCAGCCUCCGCUCCCCCCGCGCGGAGGUCCAUGGACGGCGGCGGCGAGGUGGGCUGGUACGUGCUCGGCCCGAGCCAGGAGCACGUCGGCCCCUACGCGCUCUCAGAGCUGCGAGAUCAUUUUGCUAAUGGGUACCUCAACGAGAGCACAAUGCUCUGGGCGGAGGGGAGGAGUGAAUGGACGCCACUAUCUUCGAUUCGAGAGCUGCAUUCUGGGGUCACAAAGAAGGAUCAACCUGAACAAGAAACUGAAGAUGAUUUCGAGAAAUUCCAGAAGGAGGUUAUAGAAGCUGAGUCAGAGGUGGAAGGGCUGAAAGCAAAGGCUGCAGAUGGUGACUUAAGCAAAGAGCAUGUCAUUGAUGAUCCCGAUGAGCGGCCAGCAUCCCCACCAGAUGGUGUGGAAGAAUUUACUGAUGAUGACGGCACCAUCUACAAGUGGGAUCGUACUCUGAGGGCAAUGGUUCCUCAAAAUGAUGUAUCGGGUGAAAUGGACAACAAUGGAGAGAAUGACAUAUCAUGUAAAAAGGAUGACUAUGAACUUGAAGACAUGACUUUUGCACUCGAGGAAGAAGUAUUUCAACCACCAGAUAUUCCUGGCUCGUCCACAUUGGAUGAAAACCAUGCUUUAACUGAAAAAGGAAACAAAGUGCCAGAGAAGGUAGAUAAAAGACUAGAAAAGAAGCGGAAGUCUGAGAAGCCAACUGAAAAGAAGGAACCUCAGAAACCUCCAGAAAGUUGGUUUGAUCUCAAAGUCAACACACAUGUCUAUGUUACUGGUUUACCUGAAGAUGUCACGGCUGAGGAGAUUGUAGAGGUAUUUUCCAAGUGUGGAAUUAUAAAGGAGGAUCCAGAGACAAGGAAACCCCGAGUGAAGAUCUAUACUGACAAGGAAACAGGCAGGAAAAAGGGUGAUGCACUUGUGACCUAUCUCAAGGAGCCUUCUGUACCUUUAGCAAUUCAAUUAUUGGAUGGAACAUCAUUCCGUCCUGGUGGUAAGACCCUAAUGACUGUUAGCGUGGCCAAAUUUCAGCAGAAAGGUGACGUUUUUUUGGCAAAGAAGGCAGAUAAGCAAAAGAAAAAGAAAGGCAAGAAGGUUGAAGAUAAGAUGCUGGGAUGGGGUGGACAUGAUGAUAAGAAGGUGAUGAUUCCUACUCAGGUGAUUUUGGCGAAUAUGUUCAGUCCUGCUGAAUUGAGAAAUGAUGAAACCCUUCUUCCUGAACUUGAGGUAGAUGUUAGAGAGGAAUGCGUGAAGUUUGGUCCGAUCGACAAUGUCAAGGUUUGCGAAAAUCAUCCACAAGGGGUUGUAUUGGUAAAGUUCAAAGACCGGAAAGAUGGUCUCAAAUGCAUAGAGAAGAUGAAUGGAAGAUGGUUUGGUGGGAAGCAAAUACACGCGAGCGAGGAUGACGGUUCGAUCAAACACGCUCUGAUCCGUGACUACGACGCUGAGGUAUCAAGGCUGGAGCGCUUUGGAGAAGAGUUGGAAGAAUCUACAUAGGAAGUUUUUCGAUCACCCAGCAGUUUAGGGCUGUUUUGUAGCUGAUAGCAUGAAAUUUACAAGAACAACGAAACAGAAAAGAGCAGCUGGGCCAUCUGUUUGUCCGUUUAUUCAUACUGUGACUGCUUCUGGGUUAGCUUUAAGCAGCGGAGUUGUUACAUCAGCUAAACGUUGUCCUAAUAUACUCCUACGUUACAGAGAUUGAUCAUUUUUGCCAUGCUAAUAUGUACAACUUGCUUA